AUGAGGAACAAAUGCCUCUUUGUUUGCAGGACGUUUCUUCUUGUGGGUGCUCCGAAGGCUAACACAAGUCAACCUGGAAUUGUACAAGGAGGCCAUGUUCUGAAAUGCAACUGGAGCUCCAACAGAAGAAACUGCCAGCCGAUCGUAUUUGAUGCUACAGGCAACCGGGAUUUUGGUCCAAAUGACCCCUUGGAAUUUAAGUCUAAUCAGUGGUUUGGAGCAUCAGUGAGAUCUAAAGAUGACAAAAUUUUGGCAUGCGCUCCACUGUAUCACUGGAGAACUGAACAGAAAGCAGAGAGGGAGCCUGUGGGAACUUGUUAUCUUCACGAUGGGUCUAAAAUAGUUGAAUAUGCUCCCUGCAGGUCAACCAACAUUGAUGCCGAAGGGCAGGGCUUCUGCCAGGGGGGAUUCAGCAUUGAUUUUGCCCAGGGAGACAGAGUACUUUUGGGAGGACCGGGAAGCUUCUAUUGGCAAGGUCAGCUAAUUUCUGAUCAAGUGGCUGAGAUUGUGUCAAAAUACAAUGCAAGAGUCUAUACUACCAAGUACGACAACCAGUUAGCAACACGGUCGGCCAGCGCUGCUUUCGACGACAGUUACUUGGGUUAUUCAGUCGCUGUGGGAGACUUCAGUGGUGAUGGAAUAGAAGAUUUUGUGUCUGGCGUGCCAAGAGCAGCACGGACUUUGGGCAUGGUAUCCAUUUAUAAUGGGAAAACUAUGGCAUCCAUGUAUAACUUUACCGGCGAGCAGAUGGCUGCUUAUUUUGGAUAUUCUGUGGCUGUCACAGAUAUCAAUGGGGAUGGCUAUGCAGAUCUGCUGAUUGGAGCUCCACUUUUCAUGGACCGUGGUUCAGAUGGCAAACUCCUAGAAGUAGGUCAGGUGUCCAUUUAUCUUCAGCAAGCUGCUGGAGGCCUUCAGAGUCAGGCCAUGAAGCUGAAUGGCUUUGAGAUUUUUGCAAGAUUCAGCAGCUCCAUCGCACCUUUGGGAGACCUUGACCAGGAUGGCUUCAAUGAUGUUGCAGUAGCAGCUCCAUAUGGUGGAGAAGACAAGAAAGGGCUGGUCUACAUCUACAAUGGAAGAGCUACAGGUUUGAAUGGAGUGCCGUCCCAAGUCCUUGAAGGGCAGUGGACCUCUGCGACAAUGCCACCCAGCUUUGGAUACUCACUGAAAGGAGCUACUGAUGUGGACAAAAAUGGCUAUCCAGAUUUGAUUGUAGGAGCUUUUGGCGUUGACAAAGUUGCUUUGUACAGGGCACGACCAGUCAUUACUGUAAACCCCGGACUAGAAGUCACGCCAACCAUUCUAAAUCCAGAGGACAAAACCUGUGAAGAAAGUGGCCGGAAAGUUUCUUGUUUUAUUGUCAAGUUCUGCUUAAAAGUUGACGGCAAAGGAAGUCUCCCCAGGGACCUCACUUUCCACGUGGAGCUGCUGUUGGACAAACUGAAGCAGAAAGGGGCCAUCAGGAGAGCCCUCUUUCUCCACAGCAGGCAACCUGCUCACUCUAAAAACAUGACUGUCCCGAGAGGGGGUCGAAUGAGCUGUGAAGAACUUCAGGCUUUUUUAAGGGAUGAAUCGGAAUUUAGAGACAAGCUUACUCCAAUCACCGUAUUCAUGGAAUAUCAGCUGGAUUACAAAACAGUGUCUGAUUCUUCGGGUUUGCAGCCCAUCCUUAACCAGUUUACUCCUGCAAACCUGAGCAAACAGGUACGCAAACAGAUGCGUCUUGGUCUGGAAAGCUCACUGUGUUCCAUGUUGGUCUUGUGCAGUGACCAGAAGCAGAUAUACAUUGGGGAUGACAACCCUUUAACCCUUAUCAUCAAUGCUGAGAACCUAGGGGAGGGAGCCUAUGAAGCCGAGCUCUUUGUUACUGUCCCACCUCAAGCAGACUUCAUCGGCAUUGUUCGCAACAAUGAGGCUUUAGCAAGACUCUCGUGUGCAUUUAAAACUGAGAAUCAGACUCGGCUGGUUGUCUGUGACCUUGGAAAUCCUAUGAAAGCAGGAACAAAACUUUCAGCUGGUCUUCAUUUCAGCGUUCACCAAGAAUCGGAGAUGGACACUUUUGUGAAGUUCGAUCUGCAGAUUUAUAGCUCUAACCUGAACAACAAUCGAAGCCCUGUGACAUCUUAUCAGGCGGACUUGGCCAUCUUGGCAGCGGUUGAAAUCAGAGGGGUCUCUUCACCUGAUCACAUCUUCCUCCCAAUUCCCAACUGGCAACCCAAGGAGAACCCAGAAACAGAGGAUGACAUAGGGCCUCUGGUUCAGCACAUCUAUGAGCUCAGGAACAACGGGCCAAGUGCCGUCAGCAAAGUGAUGCUAAAUCUUCAGUGGCCUUACAAGUACAACAAUAACACCCUUUUGUAUAUUGUCAACUAUGAAAUUGAAGGCCCCAUGAACUGCACUUCUGAUAUGGAGAUUAACCCACUAAAAAUAAAGAUGUCCACUCCACAACAAGAUGAAAAGAAUGAAACCGUUAACGGGGAAGAGAAUCGCGAUCAUCAUGUCAACCGAAGAGACCUUAGUGCUGCCGAGGGAGAAGUGCAAACUUUGGGUUGUGGAACUGCAGAGUGCUUAAAGAUAUUCUGCCAAGUCGGCCGCCUGGAGAGGGGGAAGACUGCAAUUCUCUAUUUAAAAUCACGCCUUUGGACUCAGACCUUCAUGAAUAAAGAAAAUCAGAACCAUUCCUAUUCUCUCAAGUCGUCUGCUUCUUUCAGUGUCAUCGAAUUCCCUUACAAGAACCUGACCUUUCCGGAAGACGUCCAGAAUUCUACAAUAGUUACAACCAAUAUCUUGUGGGGCAUUCAGCCAGCGCCCAUGACGGUGCAAGUCUGGGUAAUCGUACUAGCCGUCUUGGCUGGUUUAUUACUUUUGGGCGUUCUUGUCUUUAUAAUGCAUAAG